AUCUUCCACUAUAAAUACGCUGACGCCGGCGACAAAAUCUUCAGAAAAGCUUCAGCUGUUCAUGCAUCACACAUCCAUCUAUCAAAAUAAAAUUAUUUCCACCAUAUCCAAAUUUCCAAAUUAAUUACUGAUCAUAUUAUGGGUAUUCUGAUCUUUCUGCUGCAGUACUUUGUCCUGUUUCUGGCUCUCUCCCUCCUCUCCGAUCACGUCCGCCGCAAAAUCCUAAACCACCCACCAGUCCCCUUUUCCUACCUCCCCUUCAUCGGCCACCUCUACCUCUUCAACAAACCCCUCCACCGCGCCCUCUCCCAAAUCUCCGCCCGCCACGGCCCCCUCGUCCUCCUCCGCUUCGGCUCCCGCCGCGUCCUCUUGGUCUCCUCUCCUUCCGCCGCCCAGGAAUGCUUCACCAAGAACGACGUCGUGUUCGCCAACCGCCCCCGCUUCCUCGCCGGCAAACACCUCGGCUACAACUUCUCCACCCUCUCCUGGUCUUCCUACGGCGACCACUGGCGCACCCUCCGCCGCAUCUCUUCCCUCGAAAUCCUCUCCGCCCACCGCCUCCAGACGCUCUCCGGCAUCCGCUCGGACGAGGUCAGAUCCCUCAUUCGCCGGCUCUUCCGGGAGGGUUAUACCCAUUCGGCGGCGAACCGGUCGGUUGAUAUGAAGUCGGCGUUUUUCGAGCUGAUGCUGAACGUGUUGAUGAGGAUGAUGGUCGGAAAGCGGUACUGCGGAGAGAGCUCAGUGGACAUGGAGGAAGCGAAGCGGUUUAAGCAAAUUGUUACGGAGACGUUUCAGUUGAUGCGUGCUUCGAACGUGGAGGAUUACUUGCCGGCGACGAGGUGGAUGGGGUUAGGCAGGACGGAGAAGAAAAUGAUGGAGUUGCAAAAGAAGAGAGAUAAGCUGGUGCAAGAUUUGAUUGAAGAGCACAGGAGAAUGUUGGAGAGUAGUAAUGGUGAGGAUUAUUGGAAUUGUGAAGGGGGGAAGAAGACGAUGAUUGAAGUUCUGCUGACGCUGCAAAAGAAGGAUCCCCUUUACUACACAGACUAUCUCAUCCAAGGCAUGCUCAUGGCUUUUUUAAGUGCAGGAACUGAUACGUCUGCUGCUACUAUGGAGUGGGCAUUGUCCCUUUUGCUGAACAAUCCCCACGUUCUUAAGAAGGCACAAGUUGAAAUUGACGAGCAUGUGGGAUUCGGCCGCCUAAUUGAUGAGUCAGAUGUCGAUAAACUUCCUUAUCUUCGUUGUAUUAUAAAAGAAACGCAACGAAUGUACCCUGCCACACCAUUACUGCCGCUGCACGAAUCGUCAAAGGAGUGUAAAGUAGGAGAUUUUCACAUUCCAAGCGGCACUAUACUGCUAGUCAAUCUAUGGGGCAUACAAAACAAUCCAGAGAUUUGGUCAGAGCCCACAAAAUUCCACCCAGAGAGGUUCCAAGGGAAAGAAGGAGAUCAGGAUGGGUUUAAACUCAUGCCUUUUGGUUCAGGAAGGAGGAGCUGUCCUGGGCAAGGGUUGGCUAUCCGUGUAGUUGGGUUUGCAUUAGCGUCACUACUACAGUGUUUUGAGUGGGAGAGAAAUGGUGAAGAGAUGAUAGACAUGAGCGAAGGGCCAGGAAUGACCAUGCCCAAGCUUAAUCCCUUGGUAGCGAAAUAUCGACCACGCAAAGCCAUGAUGAAUGUUCUCUCUCAAAUUUAAAUCAUUCUCGAAUUGAAGGUUAAAUAAGUUGUUUCAAGGGUAAUGUUAUUUAUUAUUGUUUGUAACGUCUUUGUGUGCUUACUUGUAGAAUGGUAAUAAUCACCUAAUUAGGAAAAUCAUCCGAAGAGUUGCAAUGAAAAAUUGCUCGAGCGAAAUGGAUUACUUGUCACCUAGGCGACCCAAGAAUGUUAGGGAGCCACCCCAAUGACAGAGGACAGAAAGGCGAAGAUGGUCGCCUAAUCACGAGGCUUCUAAAAGUCGCCUAGUCAUCAAGCGAAGGUCACCCACUCUCAGGCGACGAGGCGAGCAAGCGUUGGGCAAACAUAUCAAUUGUAAUAAACUGGACCUUUAAUGUUAUGAAAUGGUUCAUAUGUUUUAUUAAGUUUUAAUGUAUGUUUUAGAAAUAGUUCUAAUUUAUGAUUAGGUUUUUAAUGUUUAGAAAUGAACCAAAUUUAGGAUUAUGAUUUCAAUUUGUAACCUUGGAACUGAUGGAGGUUUGGUCUCAAAAAGAUAUAAAUAGGUGCACAACUUAUCUUA